GUUUUCUUCCUUUCCUGUUUCUCUUUCCCAUAAACAAAAAUUCUCAAUCCUUCAUGGGAAUGGCUGGCUCUGGGUUGAUAAUGUGGAUAAUUAUUGCUUGUAGCUAUCAAAACAUUCACAAUAGGAGUAGAGAUGAAGUAGAAUGUAUGAGAAGAAUUCCAUAAACUGAAUUCUCUGCAAGUUCAGAGGAAUUAUGAAGUUUUGUACAUACAGGCCUGGUCAUGGGGGAGAUGUUCAGAGGUACAUGGGGAAUUGCUAUGUCUUCUCCAGGAAAGGUUAGAUGCUUUGCUACCUCUUGGAAAAACUGGGAUAACAAAAGGAGUAGAAGAAAGUUCUCUAUAUCCAACUCCCUGUGUCUUUACUCCUCCAAUAGACUUUUUAGACUUGACAGAAAAACCUUCUAGGUACUCUGCUAAGUGGGACAGAAUGCAUUGAAGGAGGCUAAAGGCAAGAGGAUCCAGCGAUUUUGAAAGUCAAUGUUGGUCUUCUUUAUUUAAUUCUCAGACCUAUAGAGCCAACAAUGUCACUUUUGUGUGAAAGAACAAGGGAGUGGAGACCUACUGUACAUGAAUGGCAGUUACAUAGAAAAAAAAGAAAGUUUAAAUGCUAUUUCUUCUUCCCUCUUCUCCUUGCUUUUCUCCCUCUUUCUCCAUGACUCCACGUUGCUCUCACAGUAUGUCUGAGGGUCCUUUGAGCUGCAGAUUGGACAAAAAAAAAAAAGUGGAAAAGUGAUUCACUGUGUGGUUUGUAAAUAGAUGGAAAUGUCUACAAGGUCUUACCUGCUUUUCUGUCAGCGUUUAUAUUAAGUGAUAAAUUAAUGAAGAACACUUUGAAGUAUCUCUUGUUUUCUGUCUGGGAUGAAAGUACAUUCUUCUAAAUUUUGUGUGAGGUGUAAGACUGUUGGACCAUCUGAGUAAGAUUUUCUCCAGCUCAAGGUGUGUGUUCUCUGCCAGGCUGGAGCAUAGGAGAUGCCAAAUAGCAGAGAAGCCACAUGUCUCCUGGGUUUGGUCUGCUCUCUUCUGACUUCACCUGUAAACAAAGUGGCUCCUUCACCUGGUCACCAGAGGUGAACAAGAAAAGAUACUCAAAAUAAUCAUGUUUUUAAAGUUGCUCAGAGUAUAUUUUAAAAGCAAACCAGACCCUUCAGAGCGAGGAGUGAGCAGCAUUUGUCAAAUGUUGAGCCUGGUUUGGAACUUGCCUUAAAGUGAAAGUAAGUUUUGCUCCACAGUCUGCUUUGUGGUUUUUAGUCUUCUCCUUUCACACCUUUUUGUGGUCUUUAACAAGUCAUUGUCUGUAAAUCCAAAACUGGAUGAAGCUGCUGCUUCACUGAAAUUCUGUUCCUUCUACUCCAGGGCAAGCACAGCCUUCUGCCCAUUGAGUUUGUGCAUAAUGUUCAUUACUAUUGUUUAUUAUUCUUGAGCCUGGGCACCAUGGAUCAAGGUAAGGUGUGUUUUGCUGGGCUGAAGCCCAUCACUGCUCAUUAUUAGGCCCCCUCACACUUCCACACUUAGUUGCUGGAAGAGUCAAAGCAUUCAGUUCCUAUAAAGAAAUUGUAUUUAGUGGGAAAUCCAGCAGAAAACCAAGUUUCAGUUGGUGAUGGUUUCCUUACCCUUUCUCCCACUAGACUGAGGAUUCAGGAUCCUCAGGUAGUGACUCACUUCAAAAGGAAAAAAAAAGAGCUGAAUUCCAACAGUUGCUGGCUUCUAAAAGGAAGAUCUGAAGCACUGGCAGUCAGAUCCCUCUGGAAGGAGGUGAUGGGUGCUCUGCAUCAAGAGAGAUUGGGUGAAACUUGCUGAGUUUCUUUAUGUGGAAAAGAGGGGAGACCGGGCUCAAGUGGAUGGUACCUGCUGGAAUUUUUUCCCCUUUGGAUGUGGAUAGCAGGAUAGAAAGAAUCUUGAAAAGACUAGCUCAUGAUAUUCCUUGAUCCCAUCUUGCUCUGUGAGUGCAAGAGUCAUUUUACCUGUGCAUAUCCAUGAAACUCAACAGUGAACACCCAAAGCACAAAACAAGGCAAUUUAUGUUCCUCCUCACCAAUCAGGUAUGUUUAAGAACUGUUUCUUUCCAGCUAGGAUGUGCUCAAUUGUUUCUGUAACCUCUUUCUUCCUAAGUGUGAACUCCAACUCCCCGAGGACUAAAAAUGUGGGAGAGACUAAAACCGAAGUCUGAUGCUUCAUCUGUCUUGCCACAGGCUGGCAGGCUUUGGUGCUUGAUGGUUUUGAGUCUCUGAUCUUUGCUUUGGGUCUGGGAGCAGCAGCUCUGAGAGAAAAACAGCCCCUAGAUUAGAGCAAACCAGGCAUCCAACAGUCUGGAUUAACACACUGGCCAUCUUGGGGGCUUCCUGGAUAGCUCGGCUCAGAUGCAAGUGCUGGGUUGUUGCUUGGAGCUAAACCAGCCAUAAAUGACCAUUUACAUGCAGCGUUCAAAAGAUGGAAUAAAUGCCUUGGGAGCUCUGUGGGAUCUGCAUGGUUGUUUGCUUUUGCUUUUACUACUUUGAGCUCCCUCUGAGCACUGGGUAAAUGGAAACCUGUGCUUGGGUGUCUGCCUGGGUGUGGAGCAUCCCUAAUCAUCUGAAAACCCUGGGAUCUGUGAGCAUGUCACUUACCUUAAAAAAUUAACCCAGCAGCCACCUGAGGUAACAAGGUGCAGUAUGUGAGUCCUUCCUUUCUCAUGGAGAACAUUUUUUACAUUACCCUUCACUUUAUCUCCACAAUCUCUGUCCCAUUUAACUAUGUCCCAUACUGAUACAGUAAAAUCUUUUACUUAACCCAAACCAGUUUGCAAUUGCAUUUUCUAUUAAGGGAAAAUGUUCCUCUCACUGAAGGCUCAGCACCUGCCAAGCCAGCCUGCUCCUGGGAUUUCAAAUUCGGGGGGCAAUGCUGCAGGAUUUGCGGAGCAGCUGCAUCCUGGACCAGAAAUGGUGUUUGGUCCUGCUCACUGCUCUGCCUUGUGAAUCUGGAGAGGACUUGGGGGAGCUGCUGUUAAUCCUCAGCUUCCCAGCUGUGCAAGUGAAAGGUCACAGAAUCACAGAAUAUCCUGGACUGGAAAGGACCCACCAAGAUCACAGAGUCCAACUCCUGGCCCUGCACAGACACUCCAACAAUCCCACCCUGUGCCUGAAAGUGUUGUCCCAAUGCUUCUGGAGCUCUGGCAGCCUUGGAGCUGUGCCCAUUCCCUGGGGAGCCUGUUCCAGGUGAGUGUGUUUAAGAUAGGAUCUAUUUGAAACCAGAGAAUGUGAAGUGGGGCAAUUUCUCCCAGCUCGUGUCUGUUCAGGAAAUGGGAUACAGGUGACAGGGCUUGGGACAGAUGGGGGAAACAUUUUGCUUAGCUACAAGAUCCCAAAAUUAGAUCUACAAAUGGCUUUUUAUAAUUUUUAUUCAAACUCUUGAAGGGUUUGAGGUUUUUCUCAUGGGAUAAGCAGUUCAUUUUCUGUUGGCACAAACUGAGGGCAUGUGGCACUCGUGUGGGGUAGGUGGUCAAACUCUGCCUUGUCAGAUUGAACUUUAAAACCUCUUUCAAACUAAACAUUGCCUCUUUUCCUACUCUUUGCUUAACCUUCGGCAGCUGGUCAUCAGCCUUUGGCCUUAGCAUCCUACUCCCCUCCCACCAUCCCCUGCUGCUGUCUCAGCUCUGUUUGAGCACAGAAAUCCAGUAGGGAAACUGCUUUGGGCUCAAGCAAGACUGUUCUCUCAAAAAUUUACAUUUACCUCCUAAAAGCAGAAGGCUGGAGGUACAAGGGGCAGGACAAUGCAUCUCCUCGUGCUGUGCCUGCUCAGUGUCUGGGGGCUGGCUGCCCCUGAGCACUAUGCCGUGGAGGACAUCUGCACCGCCAAGCCCCGCGACAUCCCCGUGAACCCCAUCUGCAUCUACCGCAACCCCGAGAAGAAACCCCAGGAGGGAGAGGGACAAGAGCCAGCCAAGGACAAGCUCCCAGAGUCCACCAACCCCCGGGUGUGGGAGCUGUCAAAGGCCAACUCUCGGUUUGCUGUUGUCUUCUACAAGUACCUGGCUGACUCCAAGGACAGUGGGGAAAAUAUCUUCAUGUCCCCCCUCAGCAUUUCCACGGCCUUCGCCAUGACCAAGCUCGGAGCCUGUGGCAGCACCCUCCAGCAGCUCAUGGAGGUCUUUCGAUUUGACACCAUCUCGGAGAAGACAUCAGAUCAGAUCCAUUUCUUCUUUGCCAAGCUGAACUGCCGCCUGUACAAGAAAGCAAACAAAUCCUCAGAGCUGGUGUCAGCCAACCGUCUCUUCGGGGAGAAAUCUUUAGUCUUUAAUGAGACUUACCAGAAUAUCAGUGAAAUCGUUUAUGGAGCAAAACUCUGGCCCUUGAACUUCAAAGAGAAGCCAGAACUUUCCAGGCAGAUCAUUAAUGAGUGGGUGGCUAACAAGACGGAGAAGCGCAUUACAGAAGUGAUCCCAGAAAGUGGUAUUGAUGAUCUCACUGUCUUGGUCCUGGUGAACACCAUUUAUUUUAAGGGGCACUGGAAAUCGCAGUUCCCAGCUCCAAACACAAAACUGGAUGUAUUUCAUAAAGCCAAUGGUGAGACCUGCCAAGUCCCAACUAUGUACCAGGAGUCCAAAUUCCACUAUGCAUUCAUUGCCCAGGACAAAGUCCAGGUGCUGGAGCUGCCUUACAAAGGGGAUGACAUCACGAUGCUGCUGGUCCUGCCCAGUGCUGGGACGCCACUGGAGGAGGUGGAGCGAGACCUGACAUCAGAGAAGCUGCAGGGCUGGAUUGAUUCCAUGAAGGAGAUGUCUCUCUUUGUCUACCUGCCUCGCUUCCGUGUCGAGGACAGCUUCAGCCUCAAGGAGAAGCUGAGGAAAAUGGGGCUGGAAGAUCUCUUCAGUCCAGAAAACGCCAGACUCCCAGGAAUCAUUGCGGAGGGCCGCACAGACCUGUACGUGUCUGAGGCUUUCCACAAAGCCUUCCUUGAGGUGAAUGAAGAAGGCAGCGAGGCCUCAGCUGCUACAGCUGUCACCAUCUCUGGCCGUUCCUUCCCUCUGAACAGAAAAAUCUUCAAUGCCAACAGGCCCUUCCUGCUUUUCAUCCGGGAAGCUGCCCUCAACACCAUCAUCUUCAUGGGCAGGAUAGCUGAUCCCUGCUCCUAAAGGGGCUGGUAGGGCCUCACUUUUCCCUCCUCUGCCUCGGGAAAAGGGAGGUUGGGUAUUGCCACUCAGUAUGGGCUGCUCCUGGGGUGGUUG